AGGGACAAUUCUAUGUGCGGAAGUGCGAUUGGAAACAGUCAAUAGAAGGGAGGCUACAACGGUUCCUGAUGCAACUUUAAAACGGUCAGUUUAUAAUAUGCAGUGUUUACCACAUGUGGUCUGACUUAUAACUCGUAAAUACACAGGUUGUUCUAUAUUACGUAGGCUAAAGGAACGUGUAUAGGCUGCUUUCAAUUGCAUCACAAUGCAGGGAAUAGCGACAGACUUUUUAAAAGAAAGUUUCGGUCGCUCACAUUCAUCAGAGGAAAUGGAACAAAGGCCUACAGAAUCUCAUUCUGUGAGACCCCGGGUGGCUAUCAUGUCAGGUGAGGUACCCGGCGGAAGUAUGCCUACGGGACAGCCGUUCAACCGGAACGGCCCCAAACCGUGGUCCGUCGUAGUUCUGUCAGCACUGGGCUCCGCCGUAGCUGUGGUCGCUGUUGGCUGUGUCUGCGCUCUUAUCUACCCGAUACUUAAAGAGCUGCGGGCAGAGAGAGUGAGGGGAGAAGAUGGGACUGAAGAAAGGAUGAUGGGUUUCUGGAGUAUCCUAGUGCUUUCAGUAUUACUAGGAUGUAUCUCCUGUGUUUUCUCAUGGACCCUCACAUACCUUAACUCGUACCAGCCUGGCAUUGGGUUAGGAACACCACUGACACUAGCCGACUUCAGAGAUGGACCUGGCCAUGAUUUCCACCUAGGUUAUAGUGUUGCUGUCCUUAACGGCAUCAUGGCCAUGCUCACUGUCAUCUGGAGCCUCACCUGACAUAGUACAUUAUUUACGCAUAUUUUAUUUUAAGUCUUUUGAUACCUUUGUGUCAGGUUGGUCUGAAGAUGCUACGUACCAAGUUGCUUGCAGAUUGGUUGCACGGCCUUGGAGAGAUUUAAAAAAGUAGGUUUACAAUAUAAGAUUUUUUUUUUGAAGUGGAAAGUACGGUUUGGAAGUUAUGGGCCAAACGCGUUAUUUCUGCUAUAGAAAGGCGGUACACAGAUCCAGCAGUGCUGGGAACCAUAUUGUAAUUGCAAAGAUCCUUCUUAACCCUCAUGUUGUCCUUGGGUCAAACUGACCUAUUUUCCUAUAUCAAUGUUCUUUUUAAUUACCCAAAAUAACAUAAUUGAUUCCACAC